GGAAAAGAUUCUGUCAAAGUGAAAAGUGCGAAAACAGACACACAUAAAAACACCACUCUUCACCGAAGUGCAAGUUCCAACAGCAACCAGCAAUAACGCUUUGUGCGGCCACCGGCAGGCGGGAUGGCAUUUACGGUGCUAAAUGCGGUCGCGAAACGGGCCGCAUCCAAUGUUUAUGUAACCGGAGGGCUGCUGAAAAAUGUCGCCGCUUUAUAUAAUGUGCAGCCAGCGCGCUCCGCGGGCAAAUGGUUCCCGGACGAAGAGUUCAUCGACCAGUUUAAGGGCCCCGUCAUGUACCCGGACGAGGUGACGUCGCGCUGGAAGCUGCCUCCCUGGAACAGCAAGAUAGCUCCGGUCGAAAAGACGGUGCGUAACCUUAGCCUCAACUUCGGCCCGCAACACCCAGCCGCUCACGGUGUGCUGCGAUUGGUGCUAGAGCUGGACGGCGAAACGGUGAUGCGAGCUGACCCACACAUCGGGUUGCUGCACCGCGGCACCGAGAAGCUGAUCGAGUACAAGACGUACACGCAAGCGCUGCCCUACUUCGAUCGGCUCGACUACGUCUCGAUGAUGUGCAACGAGCAAUGCUACUCCCUGGCGGUGGAGAAGCUACUUAACAUCGAUAUUCCGUUGCGCGCGAAGUACAUCCGCGUGCUGUUCGGCGAGAUCACCCGCAUCCUUAACCACAUCAUGGCGGUGGGUACGCACGCAUUGGACGUCGGUGCGCUGACGCCCUUCUUCUGGCUGUUCGAGGAACGCGAAAAGAUGAUGGAGUUCUACGAACGCGUGUCAGGUGCGCGCAUGCACGCCGCCUACAUCCGGCCGGGUGGUGUGUCGCAGGAUAUGCCCCUCGGGCUGCUCGACGAUAUCUACGAGUUUGCGUCCAAGUUCGGCGAGCGGUUGGACGAGGUGGAGGACGUGUUGACAACCAAUCGCAUCUGGGUGCAGCGUACGGUCGACAUCGGAAUCGUGUCCGCCGAGGACGCCGUCAACUACGGCUUCAGCGGCGUGAUGCUUCGCGGUUCCGGCAUCAAAUGGGACUUGCGCAAGGCGCAACCGUACGAUGCGUACGAUCGCGUCGAGUUUGACGUCCCGAUCGGCACCAAGGGAGACUGCUACGAUCGCUACCUGUGCCGUAUCGAGGAGAUGCGCCAAUCGUUGCGCAUCAUAGACCAAUGCCUCAACCAGAUGCCAGCCGGCGAAAUAAAGACGGACGACGCCAAGCUCACGCCGCCGUCACGCGGCGAGAUGAAGAACUCGAUGGAGGCGCUCAUCCACCACUUCAAGCUGUUCACGCAGGGCUACCAGGUCCCACCGGGUGCCACCUACACCGCGAUCGAGGCGCCAAAGGGCGAAUUUGGGGUGUACCUCGUAUCGGACGGCUCGAGCCGACCGUACCGUUGCAAGAUCAAAGCGCCCGGAUUUGCGCAUCUGGCCGCUCUCGAUAAAGUCGGCCGUCAUCAUAUGCUGGCCGAUGUGGUGGCCAUCAUCGGCACGCUUGACGUAGUGUUCGGCGAGAUCGAUCGUUAAAGCGUUACGCUUCGUACUACUUUCGUUUUAUCUGUUAUCUAGCGCCGAAAACGAACAUCCGACUCGGCUCCGGCGGCCAAUCCGCAAUCAAAUGCAUCAGCAACCGAACGCGAGUCAAUGCAACUCAACUUAUCUGCGAAUUUCAGCGCUACUACGAGGUGAAGAUGGGAGCAAAAUUACUGUCCACAUACCGAACGAAACGCCACCCUGCGGUUGGUGUGCAAUACACGAGUUAUUAUAAUCGAGAAUAAAUAAUUACUGAA